AUGGCAUCUCCAUUCACAGCCUCGUCUCGGAGAGGUAAUGCAUGGUUCUGUGUCGGUCUCGUUUCGUCAUUACCUGAUAUCUUCGACUCGGGUAGCGCCAGUCUAUCUGAGCACCGCUCAUGUGCCGAGCAGAACUCUACCCCUGGGUGUAAAGUCUUCUAUGUGCCUUCUGAUGAUAGCUCCCAGGCGCACCAGAUUGAGGGCGACUCAAUAUCCCAUCCUGAAGGUGGACUGCGAGACCAGGUGCUGGUGUUCAGGUACAAGGGCAAGGUCCAUGCUAUUAACAAUCGAUGUCCGCAUUCUUCCUAUCCCCUCUCUGAAGGCAUCCCGUUCGACAUCGAGGACUUUGGUAUUAUCCUGAGUGCUGGAAUCACUUGUCCGAAGCAUGGCUGGUCGUUUGACUUGUUCUCGGGGAGAGCAGAUCGGGCCAAUUAUAAAUUGGGAAUAUGGGAGGUUCAGUUACGUCCCAGCUCCGAUACGCAAGCUGGAAUAAAAAGUGAUGAGAAGGAUGAGGAUAAUCAGGAAGUUUGGGUGCGGCGGAAGCAAAGAAUGGGGUAG